AUGGCUGCGGUGAUGGCAAAUACAUUCUUGAAGCAAACUGCUGCUGGCCGGCUGUGCAAGGCAUUCGGCAUUCGGCUGGUAACCAACCCGCAAAUUGUCCAACUUGCGCGAAAUGCUGGCUUUGACUGUCUCUUUAUCGACCUAGAGCACUCUACCCUCUCCAUUGAUGAUUCGAGCAGGCUUUGCAUCGCCGGGCUGAACACCGGCAUUACUCCAUUUGUGAGAGUGCCCCAUCAGUGCGGUAAUGGCUUUGUACAGCGUGUACAAGAUGGGGGAGCAAUGGGCAUAAUCUUUCCUCAUAUCCAUGAUAAAGGUAAAAUUUCCAACCUAGGCAUUCUACUAAAGAACCAGAGGUUCCGGCGUUUCACAUGGAAGAAUGCUAUUAAAAUUUCUUUAUACCAUGAACUGACUAUUCCAAUAGGAGAUGCUCAAGCCGCAGUUUCAAUAACCAAAUAUCCUCCCCAGGGUAAGAGGUCCAUGACGGGACAGCUACCAUUAUUUUCCCUACAGCCGACACCGAUCCCCGUUGUGGUUGAUAAAACCAAUUCGGAGGGUUCCACUGUCAUUCUCAUGAUAGAAACUGUUGAGAGUAUCAAAAAUAUUGAUGAAAUCGCGGGAACUGAGGGGGUCGAUUUGUUACUGAUAGGAGCCAAUGACCUGUCGAUUGAGUUGGGUGUCCCAGGUCAAUUUGAUAGCCAAGCUUUUAGAGGGGCGUUGGAGACAGUGAGCGGUGCAUGUAAAAGACACAACAGAGUCAUGGGUUUAGCCGGUAUUUACGACAACUCUGCUUUUCAGCAGUGGGCAGUGGAUGUGCUGGGAGUGCGAUUCAUUCUGGGACAGCAAGACUCAGGAAUUCUUGCUAGGCAUGCCAAAGGAUGCUUGGAAUCUCUGCAAGCUCUAGACCCAAAAUAG